AUGGCGGAUGGCGUAUGCUUCACGGUGGGUGUUGUAGAAUACACCGAUGACUGUUCUCCUUUCAAUAGAGUCCCAUUCAACAAAGUGGUGGAGGAAUCGGAAGAUGAAGCGGAGACUGAAGAUGAAGACAACAAGGACGGGAUAUCCGACACGUACAUUCAAGAUGACGUCAACAAGCCAGAGGAAGGUGAAAUUAGGAUGGAAACCACCAUUAAAAAGCAAGGCACCAAUGACGCCGAGUCUUCUUCUCUGGCAACUAACAUCGUUAGCUCUAAGCAGAAACUGAAGCGUCGCCGAUCACGAAAGAAAAUUAUGAAAGAUAAAAUAAUAGGAGCAACUCCCAUCCCGAUGCAAUCAAUUCGAAGAAUACAGAUGGUAAAUCGACGGAAGAGGCAGUCACAGUAUGUAACGUUAAAGACAAUGGGAAGACCCUUGCAGCUAAACCUAAUUAUUCAACAUUGGGAGAGCCAAUUAUGA